CGCACGUCCCAACGCCAACGCGAGCCCACCCCGACCUAACCCGAAGACCUUCCCUGGCCUCCCCCCUACCUUUCCCCUCCUCCCCGUUCCACCCCACCCGCGUCCGGCGCCGCCGCCUCCACCUCCACGGCAGCGCUCCUCCUCCUCCUCCUCGCCGGCGCGGCGGUGCUGCCUUGGGGAGGCCUCGCUCGGGAGGGCUGGUUGGCCGUCAGCCGCAGAGGAGGCGAGAGGAGGUUGCUCUAGGGCUCGUGCCCCCCGGCGGCGGAGGGAGGGAUGUACGUGCCGCCGGCGAGCAGCCUAGGGUUUACCAGGUCUGGCGAGGAAGCAACGAAUUCUUCUUGCAGGGAAGAUUCAUAUUUGGGCCUGAUGUGAGAUCCGUGUUUCUCACUAUGUUCCUCAUCAUCGCACCAGUUGUGACCUUCUGUGUGUUUGUCGGAAGGCAUCUCAUGAAUGAAUUUCCCGAUCAUUCGGGCAUCUCAGUAAUGGUAGUGGCGGUUGUCUUCACCAUUUAUGAUUUGAUGCUUCUUCUUCUUACCUCUGGAAGGGAUCCUGGUAUAAUACCUCGUAACACUCAUCCUCCUGAACCUGAAGCCAUUGAUGGGAUCAAUGAUAUAGGUGGUCAGACUCCACAACAAUUUCGUUUGCCUCGCACAAAAGAAGUUGUUGUAAAUGGAAUCAGCGUAAGGAUCAAAUACUGCGAUACUUGUAUGCUGUACCGACCACCUCGAUGCUCACACUGUUCUAUUUGCAAUAACUGCGUGGAACGGUUCGAUCAUCACUGCCCAUGGGUUGGCCAAUGUAUUGGACUGCGUAAUUAUCGGUUCUUCUAUAUGUUUGUAUUCUCAACCACAUUGCUCUGCCUGUAUGUAUUUGCCUUCUGUUGGGUGUACGUAAUCAAGAUUAAAGAUGCUGAGCAUUUGUCGAUCUGGAAGGCCAUGUUAAAGACACCAGCUUCAAUUGUUCUGAUUAUCUACUGCUUUCUUUGUGUAUGGUUUGUCGGUGGUCUGUCUGUCUUCCAUUUCUAUCUGACGAGCACCAACCAGACAACAUAUGAGAAUUUCAGGUACCGCUAUGAUCGACGUGCUAACCCAUACAAUAGAGGUAUUCUGAACAACUUUCUAGAGAUAUUCUGCACUACUAUUCCCCCUUCGAAGAACAAUUUCCGGGCAAGGGUCACAGUAGAGCAAGGGCUGCAACAAUCACGUGUACAAUCUAGAGGUUUCAUGAGUCCCAACAUGGGCAAGCCUGUUGGAGAUCUUGAAAUGGGCAGGAAGCCAGUAGCUUGGGAUGAACCAAGGACGGCGGCUGAUAUUAGUGACUUGGAAGCAAGUCUUGGGGGCAUGUUUGAUGAGAAACAGGGCAGAAUAGCCCAUGCAUCUCCAGAUCUCAGCAGAGAUGAUCUUUCAGCAGAGUUUAUGGAAGGUCGAGCUGGCAUGCAUUCGAGGCAGUCAAGUUGGGUUCACAGAACUGGAACCUCAGACUCAGUGGACAGUAUUGCUGUCCAAAUGGCUACUGCAGAAGCUAAUGGGGGCAACCAUGUUGCAAUGAGAAGCACACGCUAGCAAGAAAAAAAAGUACAGUGUUUCAAUUCUGCAUCGAGUGGGUUGCUGAUCAUGUCUCAAAAUGAACUGCCAUGUGCUUAGCACGUGUGCCAGGGUAAAGGUCCUGGAUCAAUGUAAUUCUAAACACGCUUCCUGUUGUUUCAUCCCUGGUAAGAGCAUCAGAGCUCCUGUUGUGGUUUGUUUGGUGUUUUAAGAAAGUAGCCGGAUAGCAUAAGCUCCCACCCGGUCAGAUGAUUUAUCUGUAUAUAUUAUUAUUGGAACAGAUUGGUUGCAACAGAUGUUGGGUUUGGUUUCUCA